AUGUCUGAAAAAAUCACAGUGAAAGUGAAGGCUAUGAAUGGCCAGCAAUUGGAACUUAAAGUUGAUCCGAAUAUGGAGGUUGAAGAUUUUAAAAAAUUGAUUGCAGAAAAGAGCAAUGCUGCUCCGAAUCUACAACGACUUAUUUAUCAAGGAAAGGUACUCAAAAACGGCUCUAAACUAUCUGAUUACAAAAUUGUGAAUGAUCAUGUUAUCCAUCUUGUUAAUUUACCCAACGAGAAUGUCUCAUCUAGCUCCGAAAGCAGCAGCACUCAACAACGAACCCAACCCUCUCAUACUUCGUCUCAAAGUGCAACUCAAAACCCUCAUACAACAGGAUUUCAUGCUGCUUUCGGUCCUGGAAUCACUGUGGUUAGUGGAAUGAACCUAGAUAACCCCAGUGGUGCUGGUGGUAGCACAGGAAGAAUAGAUAUUGGAUCUUUGGUGAACAAUGUGUUGAGUGGAAUCUUUCAACCUCCUUCUUCUUCAACCCAAACUCACACACAUCCUCAUCGUCAACAUGGUACCAAUAAUACUAGUAGUAAUAAUAAUCAGGCUUCAAGAACUGCACGAACUCCAGUUCCAUCUAAUUCAAUUCACACCAACGAAAUUUUAAAUGGUGGACGUGAAGUUGUCAAUUUUUUGGACGGGAAUCAAAGACAAUCUGUGGUUAAUGAUUUGAAUCGAAUGACAUCCUUAUUUCAAUCUUCUGCAUCCUCAAGCAAUAGACAGGAAUUUUUGCAAAUCCGACAACAUGUACUACCCAGCUUGGUGCAAUUACAAUCGAAUUUAAACAUGCUAAUUUCUGGUUUAAAUGGACGAACUUCUACCAAUGUAUCUUCAAGAGAAAACAAUGGAGCUGCUAUUACAAAUGUUAAUUUACACUUACAUGUUAACUCUAAUGAGCUUGACGCUCUUCCAAAUCAACUUCAAAGACUUCAUUCUAUGAUUAAUGCUUCUCCUCUUGCUCCCAGAGAUGGUAACUUGGAGAGGCCAGUUUCUGUCACUUCCACUACUCAACCAAUUUCAAAUCAUGAUGUUGUGAAUGAAAUUUUUUCUGGCAGCCGAGGUAGCACACCAUCAAGCACUACUGCUGCUUCUACAUCACCCUCUGCUCAGCCAUCAUCAACAACAACAACAACUCAAUCUGCUCCAUCGACCAGUUUGCAUUCUCUGAUAAACAAUGUUAUGGGUGCUUUUGGAGUUUCUCAGCCUCAAGAAGCCGAGUCAGAAAGAGGUUUCUUUGAUAGAAUGAUUACUAUUGCAACUGAUUCUCUUCAACUUCCAGAUUUAUUUUCGGUAAUGUCUGGAAACUGGGCUCCAUUAGAUGCCACUAAAGAAAAAUUGAAGACAUUUCUAAUUAAUGAUGGUUUACAAGGAGAUUGUUCACAUCAAAGCAGACAACGAAAGAUUGAAGAGCUAAUGGCUGAAUUUGAAAAAUAUUUAGACCAAAAUCAUGAUCUACAAUUUGAGAUUGCUUCAAGAGCAAAUAAUGAAAGUGAUGUUUUAGGACAGCUUGUAGAGGUGGCAAGAUUUUAUAUAACAAUGCUUUUCAAUUUAAUUAUUGAGGAUGUAUCCAUGUAUCCACACGUUACCGAUGGAGCUAUUACUUCUUCUACUUUCUCGGCAGCUCUCAAUAGAUUUACAACAUUGUUCUUGGGUGAAAUUGUAGAGUUAUUCGAAAUGGAGUGCAUCUCUGGAUCUUCUAAGGUUUUAAUUCCCCUUCUUUUAGAUUCCAUGUUCAAGUCCCUUCCGAACUCUGUACAGACUUUUUAUAGAAAUCAAGGAGGUUCUUUGAUCUCCAGUUUUGCAGAAAGAAGACAUCAAGAAUACAAGACACAAUUUCCAAAUCGACCAAUUUCAAGAAUGCCAAAACCAGUUUUGGAUAAGGUUGAACAACCUUCAAAAGUAACAAAAGAAGAGAAAUCGACUACCAGCAGCAGCACCAACACCACAACAACAGCCACCACCACAUCAUCGAGCUCUGUUGUCCCACCUGGUACUCAAAGUGAUUCUGACAAGCUACUUGAAGAGUUAAUGGCUAAAGAUGCUAUGGACUUAUUGGAAGAUGUCAUGCCAACAAAAGUGGACACCAAACCAUCUUCCGUUGCAUCUUCCACAGACUCUUCUCGAUCAACAACACCAGUGACAACGAACGCUACAUCCACAACAGCAGCAACAACAUCAGCAUCGAAUAAUGAUUGGAAGAAGGGACUGUCUGAGGAGGAAAUUAAAGAAAUUAAUGACACCAUCAAUCAAGAUGAAGCAAUGAUGGAAUUGAAUGAAAAUGACAAACCAAGGCUUAGUGAUGCAUACAAAUUGUCCACCACACAGUCAGGAUACCUCAAAAAAGAGAAAGACUCAUCCGAACUCUCUUCAUCAAGACGAGAAUCAGCAAGAGACCUCCACCAAGAAGACGAAGAAGAUGUAGAAUUGGAUUAA